UGCUAAUGGAAGAGGAGACCUGAACUCAUUUGGUGGAUUUUGCAUGGCCAAACAACAUUCAGCAGCAGGAGAUGGGAGAUGGGAGCUGUGGGAGCUCCCUGCCCUGCCCAGGGCUCGGGGACACCAGGAGCUGUUGGUCCAGGACCUGGGGCUGUGUUAUUGUCCCUCAUCCCAACCAACGGGUUUAACAAACACAGAACGACUCCAGGAGUUCACACGAGCGAUAUCAGCCCCUUGCUGAAGGAUCCUGUGGCCUUCAGGACUCUGAUUGAUCUUCUGGAGGAUCAUGUGAGGGCGUCUUUCCCUAAAGUCGACUUCAUUGUGGGCCUGGACUCCCGUGGGUUCCUCAUCGGGACCCCGCUGGCGCAGAGGUUGGGGAUCGGCUUCGUGCCCGUGCGGAAAAAGGGGAAACUGCCCGGUGCCACCGAGUCCAUCUCCUACAGCCUGGAAUACGGCAAGGCUGAGCUGGAAAUCCAGAGCGAUGCUGUGGAACCAGGGCAGAAGGUGGUGGUUGUGGAUGACCUGCUGGCAACUGGAGGUACCAUGCGUGCUGCCUGCGAGCUGCUGAAGAGGCUGAAGGCUGAAAUCCUGGAGUGCCUGGUGAUCAUAGAGUUAAAAGCCCUGAAAGGGUCGGAAAAGCUCAAUUCCAUCCCUUUCUACUCCCUGCUGCAGUAUGACUGAGGAGGAGCAGGGAGGAGAGAGCACUGGGAACAAAUCUGGGGCUUUAUUUAGUGACUCUGGAUGUCACAAGGGGGUGGGGAAGGGGGCUAAACACAGCAUGGCCAGAUGCUCUUCAAUCCUAAAUUUCCCAAGCACUGUGUUGAGUGUAGUGAUCCCUUUUUGACGUUCAUCCUUUUAGGAAGAAGGAACAGGCUGAUUGUCUGAUUGACCAAGAUGCAGCCUCACUGAAUCUGUGGUUUUUAGGAGACCAAAGCGAUGACAUUGCUGCUGAGGCAGGAGAGCUCUGACAGGGCACCAGCAUUCCCUGGGCUGGGCCUGUCAGCCUCCAAGGAACCUGCUAAGAAAUUCCCAAAGAAACACAGGGAAUGGGCAAAAAGCAAUUCUUUCUGUAAGGGACAAAUCCUGCUGUAUUUGACCUCAGGAUGGGCUGGCUGCUCCGUGCUGUCACUCACACCAGAACAGGUUGCUCUUACACCAGGGCUGUGCUUGUUCAGGUGAAUGAAGUGCCUGCUGUGUCCUUAGAUCAGGAUGGUGCUGGUGUGGGAUGAGCCCACUCAGUGUUUUCCUUCCCUGGAGACCACAGGCACCUUUUGUUCAGCAGGAAUUCCCCAUCUCCUGCACCACAUCCCACUCCCCUGCUGCUGCUUCCCCUCUGCUGGGCUGUUCUGGGCCAUCAGGCUGCUGCCAGCUCAGAGCCUGCCCUUGGUGCCAGCUGAGGCCACAGGAGAGGUGUUGCAGUGGUCUCAGGUGUGUGAGGGGUGGGGUUGGAGAUGCUUCCUCCAGCACAGUUCAGUUUGGUCACAGCUAAAAUCCCUGUGUGCCAAAACUUCCACAAGCCUGAAAACAUCAGGGACUGUGUCCCUGGCCCAGCAGGGACUGGACUCACAGGUGAAAUAAAUAGUGAUGUAUUUUUGUAUUUCCUAA